AUGAUUGACAACAUUCAAAACUGUGAAGAAGCCAUCAAUGAAGAGAUAACUGACAAUAGUGAAAAAAAGGAGAAUGUUCAAGUAUCUAAUGAGUUGUCCAAAAGAGCUAGAAAGCGACUGCUAAAAAAGGAGAAAUGGCUUAAGUAUAAGCCAAUUAAAAGAGCAAAGGAGAGGGCCAAAAUUAAAAAAAGAAAAGAGGAAGCAAAACGUAAUAAUGUUAAACUUGGACCAACUAGAAAAGAACUGAAACAACACAAAAUGUCGUUAAGUUCGUGCAAAGUUAGGGUUCUUUUAGAUUUUUCUUUUGAUGAUUUGAUGAAUGAAAAGGAUCUUCACAAAUGUAUUAACCAAUUCAGUCAUUGUUACGCCAUUAACAGACGAUGUUUGAAUCCUCUACAGUUGUAUGUGGCAAAUUUUAAAGGCAAAGCAAAGGAUAUAAUUCAGAAAAACAAUGGCUAUAAUAACUGGGAUGUAAAUUUCCAUACUGAAGAUUACUGUGACAUUUUUAAGAAAGAAGAAUUGGUAUAUUUAACGAGUGAUUCUGAAAAUGUUAUCGAAAGUUUAGAUACCUCCAAAGUGUACAUUAUUGGAGCCCUCGUUGACCAUAACAGUCAAAAGGGCCUUUGUUUAAAAAUUGCCACAGAACGUAAUAUUAGCCAUGGUCGUCUUCCAAUCGAUCAAUUCAUUCAAAUGAAAACUCGACAGGUUUUGACUGUGGAUCAUGUUUUUCAUAUACUUCUGAAUGUCGCUGCUUGUGGUUUAUCAUGGAAAGAUGCAUUCAUGAAAGUUAUUCCACAGAGGAAGGGUAUUUGCCCUAAAUCUUCUUCUGAGCCAAGUUCAUCUUGA